AUGACUUAUCGAGCGGUAACAGAUGUUAAAAAUCAAGGAUCAUGUGGUAGUUGCACGUUCUUUGCAGUAAUAGGAGCCUUAGAAGCUGCUUAUGCUAUAAAACAUAACCAUGAUGCUACUCCUCUAUCUGAACAGCAACUGAUCGAUUGUUCAAUGCCGAAUAGAGGUGGAUGUUGGGCAUCAAAUUUUGGUGAUUCAUUGGAUUAUGUAAUUCCAAAUGGAAAAAAUCCACUUGCUUCUGAAGCUGACUAUCCAUAUCAAGCUCUUCAUGAUACAAAUUUCAAUCCUCAAGCUUGUGCUCAACGUCAAGAUCAACGUUCACGUGCCGCUCAUCGAUUUGCAAGCAAGGAGAGUUAUCACGAUGCAUGGGAUACACUCAACGAUGAUUUCCUAAUACGUCUCGUAUCAAAAAGCCCAGUCGCUAUUGCAAUCAAUGCUGAUUUCAUGGGCAGUUAUGGAGGUGGCGUCUAUCGAGGACCUUGUCCACCACAUGUCAAUCAUGCAGUCCUUUUAACCGGUUGGGGUACGGAUCCACAAACCGGCGUUCCUUUUUGGAGUGUUAAAAAUUCAUGGGGAAAAGGCUGGGGUGAAAAUGGUUUUGCUCGUUUUGAGCGUAAACCUGGUCAAAAUCAAUGUUUUAUCUAUCAUGAAGUUGCACGAGCUACGGCCCUAUAA